AUGCACAGGUUGCUGUCCAAUCGUGCUCUGAAUUUCCUGCCUUGGAUAGGGAACGUGGGAAAUGUUUUGGAGUCCUCCUGGCUCACAGGGCGACCAAUUAGACACGCCAGCCCCCUCUCAACUUUCCUCAGCCCCCUGGAAGAAGCGAACCAUUUCCCCCUCUAUCCGAACCACAUCCCCACCAGCCCCUUGCAAAAAUGCCUGUUGACAGCCGGCUCGGCCUUCAUGUCCCUCUACAACCCCUAUCGCCACGAUAUGGUAGCUGUCCUGGGAGAGACAACGGGUUCAAUAGCUUUAAAGAAUCUCUGGGAACAGAUGAAGAACGACCCGGAAGGAAGGCAGAUCCUCCAAGAGCGGCCUCGGAUCCGCCUUUCCACCCUGGAUGUAGCUGGACUUCGGGGGCUUCCCGACGGGACCUUCGGCCGAGAAUACAUUCGCUUCCUGGAUGAUAAUAGGGUGUCUCCAGACACAAGGAUGCCAGCCCGGUUCAUAGACGACGAAGACCUGGCCUACGUCAUCCAGCGUUACCGGGAAGUCCACGAUCUGCUACACACCCUUCUCGGCAUGCCCACCAACAUGCUUGGCGAAGUGGUGGUCAAGUGGUUUGAGGCUGUCCAGACCGGUCUGCCCAUGUGCAUUCUGGGAGCGCUCUUUGGUCCUUUACGUUUAAAUACCCGAAAGUGGCGGCUUCUGACCGGGGAGCUUAUCCCGUGGGCCGUUCAGAGCGGACAAAACGCCACCUGCAUCUUGAAUUUUUAUUACGAGAAGCGUUGGGAGCAAUCGGUGGAGUCUCUUCGCCGUGAAAUCGGCAUUUUGCCGCCUCCUGGGAUCCAUUUUUGAGUUUCCGUGGCUGAAACAGGAGGAACACCUGAUGGAGGCCAUCCCUUUUCAGGAAGCUACGGAAUUAAAUCCUGGAUAUUAAAUCCUCUGGCCAGGUCUACGGUGUCUUGGGGCCCUCUCUUCCUUCAUCAGUGGACGUCCCCAACUUUUACUUCGGCCUGGACUGUUAAAAGAACGCUUAAAAGAGGAGAAAAGCAAAAACAUCACAACGAAACCCAGAAAUAUGGAAACUUUGACAAUAGAAAUGGAGAAAAUAUUGAUGGUCCCAAGGCAGGAAAGACUGAAGGACGAAAACAGCUACCGCAAUUAGAUCUCGGCUCCUAAGAUAUGUAGACGUGUCGUUUUAUGGCGGAGUUUUCACAAGCCAAACUGGAAUAAUGUCUUAGCGCUUUCAUUCUGACAAACACCCUUUGUGGGUUUGGAUCAGAGAGUCCCUCAACUUGGUCUAGGAUGCUCUUCAAAGCCUCGCCUGAAUCUUUUCCGAAAUAUUUUCAUCCUUUCCUGCUGCUCAAACUCAAGAUGAUUUUUUUUUGGAUGCCCAGCCUGGGAAAGGACAGGAGACAUCUCAUUUCUGCCUUGAGUUGUUUACAAGAAUUCCCCUCUAUAAAGCAGAUCGAAUGCCAGUGAUAAAGUUGGAUUGCACAACCACAAAUAUUCGCCACUAUCGCAAACAACCACUUGUGUUCUAGGGCAGGUACAAAUAUGCAGAACUAAGUUCUGUUUAUAUUCUCAAUAGGGUGGUGAUAUUUUGCAGAUUUUAUCUUCUGUUCCAGGGCUUCUGGUUCCUUAAAAUAUCCCAAACCUUCUUCUUAAAUAUCUUUAUACGUGGUUUCUCAUCUCAGUUUUUCAAUAAAAUUUGCAGCUCUCGGUU